AUGGAGUGUGAUGUUGACAAGAAAUUGAACGAUGAAAAUGCAAGUAAUAAAACUGCAAUUAAUCCGGAAAAUGUUUCAUCGAAGAAUAGUAGUGAUGGAAAACGAAAGCGUAAGCGACCACGAACCAAAGCUCUUCGACGGACAAUUAGAGAAAAGAUUGAAAUAGCAUUAUGUACGAGUGAUUCGCCAAUUCAGGAUAUCCUAGAAACAGAUAUGGACUGUAUAGUAAGUGCACCGCUGUCAUCGAUAAUUAAAUUACUGAAGUUAGAUACGGAUGAAUAUCAAAAACUAAGUUGCAAAGCGCUUAUUAGUAUUGGGAAUUGCUCAAAAUUUUUUUCAAUUACUGGUGAUUCAACGGAUACUCUUCAACUUGUGCUCAAAAGCAAUGGUUUAGAUCACAGUUCUACCGUUGUUUAUGUUGACAAUUUGCCUCAUGGCUGUAAAGUGGAUUUACUGGAAAAAUGGGCGUCAGCAUUUGGGACUGUUGUGUUUGUGCAUCCAAUAAUGAAAAGAAAAAUAAAUCCGAACAAAGGUUCCUUGGCCAGUAAUUUAUCCACAUCAGCUGAAGUAUCUGCAUCUACUGCAUGUACCGGCGGAUUUUUUCAAAGUGCUUUCAUCAAAUUUUUGGAUGAACAAUCUCCAGUGGAUUUUGUGAAAUUUCAUCAGUUGUUGCGGAAGAAAGCUGGUAGUAGACGACGCAAAAAGCUGAAGUUAGAGAGGAAAAAAACAAUGGGAAGGAAUUCCGUUUCAAAGAUUAGGAAGAAGAAUAAGAUGCGAAAGAAGCAACCAAGAAAGAAAUCGAGAAAAAAGGUCGAUAGCAGUGCUAAAAGUCAGACACAAAAGGUCAAAAAUGGAGAAGAGACAGUAGAAACCGGAGCAACCUAUGCUGAAAAACCAGCAAUGGGUGUGGAUAAUUCUAGCGUUAUUGUAAGAGAUGAAGAUGGAAAUUGCAGUAGGCGGAAGAAACGAAAAAGGCGAUUAAGCUAUGGAGUGGAUGAUAUAUUAGUUAAAAAACCCAAAGCGAUUAUUGAUGAAAAAAAGAUUGGAAUAGAAGAUGCUAAAGCAAAUGGGUUUAAAAAUGCUGGUCUAAAAAAAGCUAUAAAAAGUGAUGUAGCUGAAGGUGAUCAUGAAAUUAAAGACAUUAAAAUGGAAGCUGCUCAUCGAUUCAUGAUUGUGAAGCAUAUAAAAAAAUUAAAAGUUAUAGUUACUGAUGAAUCAUCGGAAAAAACGUUCAGAGAUGUUGGAACCGAUGUUCCUGAAGAGUUUUUAUUGAGCGAAGUUGGUGCUGCUGCAAAAAAACGGAAACGUGUACAUCGGCAAAAACGACGCAGUGAUAAGUCAAAAAAUCGCAACCUACGUCCGAAGAAAUAUUUUCAUAAUAUACAAGCAUGUUCAUUGAACACAUUCCAGAAACUGCGUGCAAGAUAUCUGGAGUUGCAGAAACAACAAAUGAUUCAACUGAAAGCCAAUUUGAAAAAAAAAGGCAUACCAAGUAAAGUGUCAGGUUUGAGCAGAAAGGAAUGGAAAAGGAAACGUGGACGUUGUCGACUUAUGAUGCGCGCUGCAAAAUUGCGCGAAAAAUAUGCAGAUCUCUCUCAUUGCAUCCCCAAGGAGGAUAAGCUUGCAGUUGUCCAAAGUUAA